UUUUAAAUAAGCCGCAGAUGUUUGCAGAUCUGUGCUAGACCUGACUACUUUGCCUGUAGUUAGUCCCAAGGGCAUUUAAACAGUGCAGUCACAUGGCCAGAGUGGCCCAUUAUCAAGUUAAGGACAUCGUCUGUGAGAAAUAACUUCAGCAGCACAAAUUUCUGUCCUAGUGCAUGGAGGAUGUCUGCUCUACUAUAACAAUGACCAUGAGUAUGAUGAUGCACUGAAUUUUAGCUCAUUUUAGGGGGAACAUUUUUUUGUUGCUCUAAAUGGGCGCCUUUUAUUCUGGCUGCUGUCCUAUUCAUGGAACUACUGAGGAGAAAGAUUGCAUUUUAAGGACCAGUAUGUCCAGGGACAGUGAGACAGCAGAGGGUCAUGAGCUGCAGGACAGCAGAUCUCGAGCAGAGAAGGAGAGGAGGACCUGGAGCAGCACUCAAACCUCCAUCUCCAUUACUGAGGGGGAAUCAGAUGCUGAAUUAAACACGUUCAUCAAGAUGAGGAACAAAGCGGAAAGGGAUACUGAGGAAUGGGAGAAGCUGAACUAUGAUAUCCACAGUCUGAGGUGUGCUCGUAAAGAAGUUGGAACACGUUGGAAGAAGAUCUUGCUUCAGCUGGGUUACCAGAGGGAGGUGGACUUCUUACUGACAGUGAACAGACAAACCGUUCGGAGUGACUGGGACAAUGUGGAGAAGGCCAGAGAACUGCUGCACAUAGUGUCAAAGGAGACAAGCCUCUUCCCCUGUGGGCUCAGCAACAAUGAAAGAUACGUCUUCGUCAUGGAUCGCCUGGUGUCUUUGGACAGUGCUGAAGACUUUGUGCGGUUGGCCAAAAAGAAAUAUCCAAAAAUGUAGUCUUAAGAUGGAAAGGAAGUUUUGCGUUUGGACUCAUUUGCUACUCAUUAACUAUUUCAAUCAAUAAACUCACUGAUGUUUAGAAUGAAUGAAUUAAGAAUGAAUGGCAUUAAAGUCAUCAUGAAACAUAA